AUGGCAAACCAAGGCCAGCAACAGCAACAGCAGCAGCAAAGGGUCCCAGAAUCCAGCAACCAGCUCAGUCGUAGGGCGAACCUGCAGGGGACGGAGAAAACCAUCUUCGAUCUCGUCUGUGCUGGGACUAACAGAAGGCAGUGGGCGGAGUGGCUGCGAACUCCGCUGGAACACGCCGCCGGUGCGGGCAACAUUGAUCUCGUGACUAAGCUCCAGGGAGCCGGGGCGGGCGGGAGUGCUCUCCAUCUGGCACUCAGAGCAGGCCAGGACGCACUCGCGCAAGAGCUCCUAAGGCUGGGAGCUCCCACGAAGGCGAAAGACAACAACGGCGACACACCUCUCCACCUUGCUGCCGCCAGUGGCCUCGGCGAUGUCGUGUCCUUGCUUCUUCGUGACGGGGCUGAGGUGGAUGUGCUAGACAACAAGGGUCGGACGUCAAUUCAUCUCUCGGCGGAGCGUGGGUCUCCAUCCACCGUUCAAGCUCUGUUGGCGGCCGGUGGAGACCCGAGCUUGCGGUACGGGAAGGGCAAGGCAUUUUCGGCGUUGGGUCUGGCUGCUAGAGGUGGACAUGUUGAGGUCAUGCAAGCGUUGAUUCGGCACGGAGUGGACGUUAAUGCCCCCGACUCGAACGGCUGCACGGCCUUGCACUCGGCUGCGAUCGGGGAUGCGGUGGGUGCGAUCGACGUGCUCAUCGAGGCUGGGGCGAGUAUCGACGCUCAGGGUGGCGAGGAUGGAGAAAUGUACACACCUCUGCACGUGGCGAGCGAGAAGGGUUCGUCCGAAGCCGCACUAUCGCUGGUCAAGCACGGAGCGGACGUGCACAGGUCGGGGAGGAUGUCCAGGUGGGGGCGGAGUUGCGGCAAUGCUCUCAUCCUAGCUGCCGGCCGUGGCCACACCAUGAUCGUGACAUCGCUUCUGGCUGCCGGCGUGAAUGUCAACCUUCGCCCAGCAUACUCAGACAAGUCAGCGUUGGACGCGGCUUUUCAGGGAGGCCACGCCGACAUUGUGACAACCUUUGAUCCAGCACGGAGCGUUUGUCGACGCCACAGACUCACGUGGGUGUACGGCGCUGUUCAAGGAGCUGUCGUCUCGAUGUUACGGUAUGGGGCUCUUAUCGACGUGAAGGACAAUUGUGGUGACACGCCUCUUCACGCGGCAUCCAGUGCUGGGUGCUCCGAAGGGAUUCGCGCACUUGUAGAAUACGGGGCUGACAUCAAAGCGCUCAACGCCAAAGGCCGCACGCCGCUCGCCUUGACCGCCGAGUUCGGCUGUGAAGAUGCUACGGUAGUCUUGUUGGACGCUGGGGCAGACGUCAACGCUCCCGCUGACCACACCGAUGGAUCAGCUGCUCUGUCUUUGGCCACCUUGAGCGAGUACGUGGACGACACUAUGAAAAUCUUGAUUCAGCACGGAGCCGACGUAAACGCAAGGAACACAGAUGGGUUCACCGCUCUGCACCGUGCCGCUAUGUACAACGAGGUUGACGGCGUCGAUCUUCUGAUCUCGGCCGGGGCUAUCAUCGAGGCACUGGAUAAUCACAAGAGCACGCCUCUCGCCGUCGCGUUUCGGGAGGCCGUUUAUCGUUGGAAGAAGUACAACGGUGGUGCUGGGGACUUCGCGGCCAUGGUCUCCUUGCUGAAGCACGGCGCCGAUCCCAACACCGGCAACAUAGACAAAGGCUGUCCGAAUUCUUUGCUCUACUACUUCAUACGUUGCGGAUGCCCGAUUUCCGUGUUCCGGGAGCUUCUUGCUGUCGGUCCGAACCUUGACGUCCGUGCCGACGACGAAUGCACUCCACUCAUGGUCUCCCAAGAUCACCCCGAGAUGUUCUCCGAACUACUGCUGCACGGGGCGGACACGAAUGUGCAAACCAAGGGCGGUGGAACAGCGUUACACAAGGCCGCGCAAGACGACAACGGGGUAUGCAUCGAGGCCCUCAUCAGUGCCGGGGCCUCGACCAAUGUCAAGGACAGGAACGGCCGCACGCCUCUUCACCUCGCCACCAUCAACCAUAAAUGGAACGCCAUGCGGAUGUUGCUAAGGAGCGGUGCGGACAUUUCUUCAGCGGACAACGACGGCUUCUCAGCGUUGCACCUGGCGGCAGCCCACGACCAGUGUACUUCCGGUGAUUCCGCGAUGGCCACGACAAUGGACUUGCUGCUACGAUGGGGUGCUGACGAGAAUGCGGUCGACUCACUCGGCAACACCCCCGUAACCGUUUGGAGAGAGAAUGAGUCCAUGUACACGCUUUCGUGGGCGAACAAGCAAUCUGUGAAGAAGAUGUUCCAACGGGCACCCAGAGACAAAGCGUGGCGUCGACGUGGCUGGCUAGUUCUGUGCCGUGCCUUCCCAAACAGCGUGCGGCUGAAAGCGGACAACGCUGGGACUUGUCCCGGGGCUGGCCGGAGUGUUCGAGCACGGAGCGUUGGUGCUGGGUCGGGGUCUGGCAGCGGCAGCGUCCCUCCUGUUGGAGAAGCCGGGGGAGUCGCAGUAGGCACACUGCUGCGCGAGAAGCACGGUGUUGUUGCUGGUGGCUUGAGUGCGCUGGUGGCGAAGGUGGUUGGCUUGCACGAGGAUGGCGUCUUCAGGACCAUCAUGGAGUUCGUAGGGCGGACUCCGCGGCUGUGAACGGAUGUUGCACCCCGUGUACACCCAGGUUGGUCACCACUCGCGCUGGCAUGAAGAGCGAUGAACUGCUUCGUUCACGCGACGUGGUGGGUGCAUGGUGAAUAUAGUUGUACGUUGUGCGUUGGUCGUACUGAAGGUGCUUGACCAACGACAGCUCGGUAUGGGUGUUGUACGGCGUAACCGUGGUGUCUUCAUAACGUACCAUCGAUUGAAAUAGAACUGCGAGAGCUGGGCAUGUCCCGUUGACUGAUGCGGAACUUCGUAGCGCCGAUAUUGUGAGUUAGCCGGUGCCUCCUUUGGUGUCCCGUGAGUUUGGUAGCAUCCAUUGUUUUUUUCCUGGCACCGUUUCAGGAAAUCGUCGGGGCAGUCCUUGUUGCCUGACCACCAGCCCACGCCCUAAAUGUGGGUGCGAGAGAGGAUUUUUCUGAGUGAUGAAGAGGCCGACAGAGAGCUUUAGGCAGAGAUGCUACCUAGGGCAGGACGUGCGAUGCUACGGGGUGUGCGCGUGGUUAACUACGACUUUCCCUAGUUUCAUUUUGUGUAUCAAGCCCUCCUCACGCCCUACAUACCCGUGUUGGCCUCUGGUCGGCGAAAAAGAACCGAUGAUGCACGCUCCCCGAUUUUGC